UAAAUCUCUUAUAUGCUCGGAAAUUUCCUUUUCUGCUUUAUUUCCUUUUCUGUCCCUUUUUUUUGGUCGGAAAUUUCCUUUUGUGUUCCUUGGGUACCUAAUAAUUGAUAUAAGAGCCGUUCCGACCAUGGGACAGCAUGAAUAUCCACCAGCGACGCUGCCUCACUAUCUUCCACUCGUCUAUUUUUCCGAUCCUACACUCCCACCGCCAUGGACUGGCAUGUUCGACGGUAACCUUGGGGUGGUAUACUAUUGGAACCCCCAAACCAACGUUUCUCAGUAUGAACAUCCGGCCUGUUCCAGUUACCCAACCACCCAUCUCAUCAAUUCUCCAAUCCCCCAAUUUUGGAACUCACAUGUGCCGCUGGACUACAAAGCCAACUCGCUUCACCGUCUCACAACAUCGACGCCCACCGAUCUUGCUGCACCCUCUGACGUGGGAACCGGCUCCGUUGCACAUCCGCUUCAUACCUCUAUGGAAAUCCGAGACCCGAAUUCAAAGCCCCAGUCGCUGAAAGUGCAUAUGGACUCUGCAACUCACAAACCCAGACUGUCCAAGCCAGAGAAACGUAAAAAGCUCCUUGCUUUGCGAGGUUCAGAGGCGGUGAGUGGGAGUGGCAGUGGUGGUAAUUUUGAGGAAAACAAGGGCGAGGAAGAUAAGAGGGAAGUUGGGUCAGAGGAUUUGGGGGAUGAGAAGAAGGAGGAGAAGAAAAGGAAGAAGAAGAGGAAGAGAGAUAAGGAGGAAGAAAAUGGAUCUUUGAGUUCUGAGGAAAAUGAGGUUGUGAAGGAGGAGGCUAAGAAGCCAAAGAAAAAGAAUAAGAAGAAGAAGAGAAAGGAGGCAAAGAAUGAGGAAGAGAAGAAGGAUGGUGAGCUUGGGACUGAGGAACAAAGUGUCAAAGAGAUAGGUUCAGUUUCUCUGUUCCUAUAUUUUACCUCAACACUCGAACCACUAGUGUUUAGUAGAAGAUUGGUUGAUUGUGUAAGGCAAGCGAAUGGGGAUGUUCCUACAAAAGUUUUUGUGGGAGGCAUUCCUUAUUACUCGACCGAGGACGAUAUUGGAAGUUACUUUGAAAGCUGUGGCACAAUAACUGAAGUUGAUUGUCUGAGGUUUCCUGACAGUGGGAAGUUUAGAGGAAUUGCUAUUAUUAGCUUUAAGACAGAAGCUGCCGCUAAACGAGCCUUGGCUCUUGAUGGAGCUGAAAUGGGUGAACUAUUUCUGAAAAUCCAGCCUUACAAGGCAACUCGAGCCAAUAAAGUAUCUGAUUUUGCCCCACAAAUUGUUGAGGGGUACAAUAGAAUCUAUGUUGGAAAUUUGUCAUGGGAUAUUACUGAGGAUGAUCUGAAGAAACUUUUCUCAGAUUGCAAGAUAUCAUCUAUACAUUUUGGUAUGGAUAAGGAAACAGGGGAAUUCCGAGGCUAUGCUCACGUGAAUUUCUCUGAUAGUCUCUCGCUGACGCUGGCAUUGAAGUUAGAUCAGAAGGUUGUAUGUGGAAGACCUGUCAAGAUAAGCUGUGCAGUAACUCAGAAAAGAUUAGGGACCCCUUCAAAAUCUGCACCUAUGACUUUGAGUACCCUUUCAAUAUCAGUAGCCCCAACCAAAGGUGCCAAUUCGAUACCAGUAGCUACAACUACAGAUAAAAGAGCUGAUAAUACUGAGUUGAGUACUGUCAGUGGUAAGAUUAAGAGGAGGACAUGCUACCGGUGUGGUGAAAAGGGACAUCUCUUGUCCGCUUGUCCAAUUUCAGCAACUAUGUUUUCAAGUACGCAUUCAAUAUCCAUGGCUACAACUACAAGUACUGAUUCGAUACCAGUAGCUACAACUAGAAGUACCAAUUCGAUACCAGUAGCUGCAACUACAAGGACCAAUUCGAUACCAGUAGCUACAACUACAAGUACAGGAGCUGAUAAUGGUGGGUUGAGUGCCGUCAGUGGUAAGAUUAAGAGAAGGACAUGCUACUGGUGUGGUGAAAAGGGACAUCUCUCAUCCGCUUGUCCAAUCACUACAACUACGUUUUCAAGUACCCAUUCAAUAUCCAUAGCUACAGCUACAAGUACUGAUUCAAUACCAUUAACUACAACUACAAGUACCAAUUCGAUACCAGUAGCUACAAAUACGAGGACCAAUUCGAUACCAGUAGCUACAACUACAGGUACAGAAGCUGAUAAUGGUGGGUUGAGUGCCAUCAGUCGUAAGAUUAAGAGGACAUGUUACCGGUGUGGUGAAAAGGGACAUCUCUUAUCCGCUUGUCCAAUUUCAGCAAUGUUUUCAAGUAUCCAAUCAACAUCCAUAGCUACAACUACAAGUACUGAUUGAUACCAGUAGCUUUAACAAGAAGUACCAAUUCAAUACCAGUAGCUACAACUCAAUGUACAGGAGCUGAUACUGGUGGGUUGAGUGCCAUCAGUGGUAAGAUUAAGAGAAGGACGUGCCACGCGUCUGGUGAAAAGGGUCAUAUAUCUUCAGUUUUUCCAAAGGAGCAAUCUGCUGAUAACAAUGCAAGCAUGUACAGUGUCCUACGUUUUCCUGUUAACUAUAUGUUGGAAAAACAUAUUAUCCUUCUCAUCAAACUAUCAAUUGUUCGAAUAGGCUGAAAGCCACAGAUUGCAGCUUAGUUUGAGGCAAAGAUUUGUAGAACUGAGAUGUUUCUCUCUUAUUGAUAAAGAAAUUUUUUAUUCUUGCCUAAA